AUUUUCUUCACUUCCUCUCUAAUAUCUAUCCAUCUCUGUCCCAUUUGUUUUUAUUUCUUAGCUUUCUUCUGUACCCUAAAGCUUUUGCUCCUCAAACACGACCAAAGAAAGACCCUCUUUCUGUUUUUGAUUUUACUAUUUCUAUGGCUUCCUCUUCUGGGAGCUUGGAUACCUCAGCUAACUCACACCCGGCUAGCUUCACUUUCUCUACUCACCCUUUCAUGACAACCUCUUUCUCUGACCUCCUUGCCUCACCCAACGGUAUUGAUGAUCAUAACACCACAUUAGAGAAUAGAAAUCGUAGCUUGUCAGAUCGUAUAGCUGAGAGAACUGGGUCGGGUGUGCCUAAAUUCAAGUCAAUCCCACCUCCUUUGCCCAUUUCUCCACCUGCUGUGUCUCCAAGUUCUUACUUUGCUAUCCCAGCUGGGUUGAGCCCAGCUGAGCUCUUGGACUCCCCUGUUCUUCUCAACGCUUCUAACAUUCUGCCAUCUCCAACAACGGGAACAUUCCCUGCUCAGGCCUUCAAUUGGAGGAGUAAUUUUAGCAACCAGCAGCAGAAUGUUAAACAAGAAAACAAAAACUACUCAGAUUUCUCUUUCCAAACCCAACAAAGGCCUCCUUUAUCAUCAACAACAAAUUAUCAGCCUUCAAAUACUGCGAUUCAAACUGUACAGCCACAAGCCUGGAGUUUCCAAGAACCCACCAAGCAGGAUGAUUUUUCCACAGGAAAGAGUAUGGUAAAGGCUGAAUUCGGUUCAAUGCAGGGCUAUUCCUCUGAUAUCACCACCAUAACAAGUAACACUCAAAGCAACAACAACAACAACAACAGCAACAACGGUGGGCUCCAAUCAGAAUAUGGUAAUUAUCACCAACAGCCUCAACAGCCUCAAACACUGAGUAGGAGGUCUGAUGAUGGGUACAAUUGGAGGAAAUAUGGUCAAAAACAAGUUAAAGGAAGUGAAAAUCCUAGAAGUUAUUACAAGUGCACAUACCCCAAUUGCCCAACAAAGAAGAAAGUUGAGAGGUCCUUAGAUGGGCAAAUUACUGAGAUAGUUUACAAGGGUAGUCAUAACCAUCCCAAGCCUCAGUCUACUAGGAGAUCAUCCUCAUCAUCCUCAACUUCUCAUGCCAUUCAAGUUUCUAAUUCUUCCUCCCAUGAACUUCAUGAUCAGUCAUAUGCCACCCUUGGUAAUGGACAUAUGGAUUCGGUUGCAACCCCGGAAAACUCUUCCAUAUCGAUGGGGGAUGAGGAUUUUGAUCAGAGUUCUCAAAAGAGUAAGUCCGCAGGAGAUGACUAUGAUGAGGAUGAGCCCGAUGCCAAAAGAUGGAAAAAAGAGGGUGAAAAUGAAGGUAUUUCAGCAGCCGGGAGCAGAACAGUGAGGGAACCUAGAGUUGUAGUUCAGACAACUAGUGAUAUAGAUAUUUUAGAUGAUGGAUAUCGUUGGAGGAAAUAUGGGCAGAAAGUGGUCAAGGGCAAUCCAAACCCAAGGAGCUACUACAAGUGCACAAAUCCAGGGUGUCCAGUGAGAAAGCAUGUUGAGCGAGCAUCUCAUGAUCUAAGGGCAGUGAUCACAACCUAUGAAGGGAAGCACAACCAUGAUGUUCCCGCAGCCCGUGGCAGUGGCAGCCAUUCUGUCAAUAGGCCUUUGCCAAGCAACAAUAAUAACAACAUUAGUGCUGCCACAGCAAUUAGGCCUUCAGCCAUAACCCAUCAAAUUAACAAUUCUGUGAACAACCACCAUCUUCACAAUCUAAGACUACCAACAUCUGAAGGGCAAGCACCCUUCACCUUGGAGAUGUUGCAGAGCCCCGGGAGCCUCGGCUACUCAGGUUUCGGGAAUGCCAUUAAUUCUUACAUGAACCAACAACAACAAGUCACAGACAAUGUGUAUUCUAGAGCCAAAGAAGAACCAAGGGAUGACAUGUUUUUCGAAACUUUGCUUGCAUAGACUUUGAAAUUGCGAGGUUCUGACUUAAAAAAGAAAAAAAAUAUUGGAGGGAGUAGGAACAAAAGUGCAAAACAAAAUAAGAAGCGCAGGUCCAUUCAAUUUAUUGCAAAUUUGUUUGUUUUUGUUGUAUAUUUAUACACGGAUUGGUUUUUGUAUAUUCAAAAAUGUAUCCUUAGAUAAGCUUCUCAACUUAUUUGUUUAUUGUUUUGAGGCCUCCCUACCCUACAAUUGAAGGGCCUCAAAUCACUUUUUUGUAUCACACAUGGUAGUGAUUUUUUUUUUUUUUUUUGUGCCUGGUUGUAAAACCAAGAAAAGUUGGGAAUUUAAUCAAAAGCAUGUAGUUGUUGUUUUGAGCAGUGAAAAGAAAAGUUUGAUUGA